AUGUUUGGAAAUACGCGACCAUCCACUGGAGGCCUCUUUGGAAGCACAGCACAGCCUCAACAGACACCCACUGGCGGGCUCUUUGGAAGCACCGCGCAACCUCAACAACCGUCCACUGGCGGGCUCUUUGGAAGCACCGCGCAGCCAGCACAAUCCACAGGAGGCCUCUUCUCAAACACAAACCAACAACAGCAACAACAGCCUGCAUCAACUAGCCUGUUUGGCAAUGCUGCUCCCGCAAGCAAUACCACGGGCUUUGGAGCACAGCCCGCUGCGCAACCAUCAGGCGGGCUUUUUGGCAACCAGAACAAUAAUAACAAUAACAACAACAACAACAACAACAACAACAAUGGCGCGWCUGGCAACACCUCGCUCUUCAACGCGCCGACUACGAGCAUAUUUGGGACACAGACGCAGCCAGCCCAAAAUAACACCAUGUUCGGCGCGACAUCCGGGCAAAAUGGAAACCAAAAUCAAGCACAGAAUCAAAAUCAGAACCAGCAGAUGGGGAGCUCCAUUUUCAACCCUCAAACAGUGUCCGUCGGAACAAACGGCCAUACGAUGACCUAUGCGCAGAUGCAAAGACUGCAAUUCAGCGGUGCCUCUACAGUGCCCAACGAGAAGAAAAUCGCCGACCAAAUCAUCACGCUGCGCUCGAAAUGGGACCCAAAUGGCACUCCCGACCAGCCCACCUCCACCAUCCUCAAGACCUACCUCUACAACGCCGUGCCCAAGGAGUUUGCGCCAUUCUACUACCCAGACAUCUCCCGCGGCGAAGAUGAGAAGAGUUGGGAGGAAGCCCUAUCACAAAAGCCUGCUGCCCCGACAGUAACUGUCAACGGCGUCGAGACCCCCUCAAACCUCGCGUACGUUCCCGUAUUGGUGAAAGGGUUCAAGGCGCUUGGUGACCGGGUGGAGAUUCAGGCGAAGAUAGUCAAAGAGAUGCGCGGCAGGUUACAUGAAAUGAACAACUCUCUCUCCGCGGUCAUGGACGCACAUCAGCAGCGCAUUACCGUCAGGAUAGAGACGGCGAAGAAGCAGCAUCAGAUCCUCUCUCAGAGAUGCUUGAAGCUGGCGGUCAAGGUGCAGGUCCUGCGGAAUAGAGGUUACGCACUGGAUGCUGCCGAAGAGAGUCUCCGAAAGACGUUGAUGGGGCUGGAAAAGCAAGUCUUCGAUCCUGGUUUCGUGGGACGAGAAGAUGAGAUCUGGGCGCGCAUGGUGGCCCUGAGAGAGAGGAUGCGGUGGCUGGAAGAAGAGGGCAAGAGGGUGCAAGGACAGGUCGAGCAAGCACAGAGCAGCACACAAGGUGGUGUGAGUGAGGACAUUCUGGCACGGGCGAGGAAAAUCUUGAAGGAUUACGAUGAGCAGCUUCAGCAUCUCAACAAGGAGCUAGGGGAGGUGCGGAAAGAAUUCAUCGAGUGGGAGGCUUCGCAGAGGAGGCGUUGA